UAGGCUGCUUUUAUAUGUUACGUCUCUACAGCAGACGAACUACACUAAACCAUGGAUAAAGAGAAAGUGGAGACUUUGGCGUGUAAAUCUGCAUUGUAUUAUUACGGGAAGGCGUGCAACUAUGAUGAGGAGUCGGAAGCAUUGGGCUAUAAAGGACCAUCUACUGCAGCAAGGGCUUUGGCCCGGAUAUUCCAAAAUGAUAGGAAGAACAGGGUCAUUCUAGAUAUCGGAGGAGGGACUGGUUUAGUUGGAGAAGAGUUAAAGAAGGAAGGAUUUGAGAUAAUGGAUAUUUUGGAUUCAUCUGACAAGAUGCUGGACAUUGCACGACAGAGGUGUAUUUAUGGAAAUGUGAUCACAGAUACAUGA